AUGACUGGGCAAAGUCUUUCAUCUGUCCGAAUCGUGGAAGUAGGACCCCGAGAUGGAUUACAGAACAUUCCAGAUUCGGUCCCCACGUCGACGAAGCUGGAACUUAUCCGCAGGCUUGAGGGGACGGGACUCAGUACGAUUGAGUUGACGUCUGUGGUGUCCCCCAGAGUUAUUCCGCAGUUGGCGGAUUGUCGGGACGUUCUUCGGGAUGAGCGGGUUAAGAAGAUGGGUGGGAGAGAUCUGAGACUUCCUGUCUUGGUGCCGAAUGUUAAAGGGCUGGACAUUGCGAUCCAGCAUGGUGUUAAAGAUAUUGCUGUUUUUAUCAGUGCUACUGAGGGGUUCAGUAAGGCUAAUAUCAAUUGCUCUGUUGAGCAAGGCAUAGAGAGGGCGAGGACUGUUGCCUCUCUAGCAUUGAAAUCGAGGAUCGCUGUUCGAGGUUAUGUCUCAUGCAUAUUCGCAGACCCAUACGAUGGACCCACGCAACCAGCAUCGGUCCUCCGCUGCGUGAAAGAACUCCUCGAUGCAGGCUGCUACGAAGUCAGUCUAGGCGACACACUAGGCAUCGGCUCACCUUCAACCGUGCGCAGCCUUCUUACUUACCUUCUCAGCAAUGAUAUUCCUCGUGAGAAACUUGCCGGUCACUUCCACGACACGUAUGGCCAAGCUUUAGCAAAUGUUUGGGAAGCAUACAACUGCGGGCUACAAGUCUUCGACUCAAGUAUAGCAGGACUCGGUGGCUGUCCUUUCGCGCCUGGAGCCAAGGGCAACUUAGCCUCAGAGGACCUGGUGUACAUGUUCCACAAUGCGGGUAUCGAGACUGGCGUUGAUCUAUCCAAGCUCGUUGAAACUGGAGUUUGGAUCUCAGAUCAGCUUUCAAAGACGUACGACAGUCGAGCUGGGACAGCACUUGCAGGAAAAACCAACUUCAUGCUGAACGGGAAGAACAAGCCUUCAAUGGUUCAUUCCCUGCAAUUGGACCUCACAAAGGAGACGGAAGGACUGCAGUUGCAACGCCCAGGAGGCAGUCUGAAGAAAGCCUUGGACCAAACCAAGAAUGGCAAUGCGUCGAUAGCACCUGUGAACUCAGACGUGAAGUCUGCGGUGACAGACGCCAGCAAAGACCCACAGAAUCACGCAUCAUUGUCACGGGAAAUGGAAACUUCUUCUGCUCGAGAAAGGGCUUUGGAGAUGGGAGCACACCACUUGCAAAAGGCUAUUCAGCCAGCAAUGCUCAGUUUCAGUGAUUGA